AUGGCGGACCUGUCAGGCAACAUGCUGAAGCGACCUCACCCCGAGGACGAAGACAAUAACACACAGAAAAGAUCACGUUCCAACAAUGGAUCCCCAUUACCUGGGCAAGGGGCUCCAGCCUCUGAAGACGAUGGCUCGUCGAAGGGUCGGGGUGGUCUGGAUGUCGGCCUUCAUCCGGCUCUGCUGUCGGACACUGUUGAGUUUCGCGGUGCCAAGGGAAGACAGUCUACGCAAUCGAAAAACCGUCGAACAGAAUCUCCGGUCACCAGUGGGAGGCCGGAUCGAGCAGGGCUCGAUCUUUCCGGUCCUUCUUUGGAGGAAAUCAGAAACAAUCCCUAUUAUGACCCUAGCCUCGGUCCGAAAGCUACGAUUGCAAAGCCACGACAGUCGCGACAACUUAUUUUUAACCAAAAGGGUAAAUACAUACAGCAGGGCGCUGCUCUGCGUCGGCAGGCUCAAUUGGAGGCGAUGAAGAAACGCAUUGCCGAGCGAGCACGACAGGCUGGUAUCGAUGAAGAUCUGGAUAUCGAAAAGGCCUUUCUUGUUCCAGCUCCACCAGCAAUUGAAUGGUGGGAUGAAGGACUGGUGGACGGGGAGGACUAUUCCGGCAUCGAAGACGAACGGAAUCUAAAGAUCGAUACACCGGACACCAUAGUGACUCAAUACGUUCAGCACCCAGUUCUUCUCGACCCUCCACAAGAUAAGCAUAUGCCAGAGCAGAAACCUAUGUAUCUUACACCUAAGGAACAGGCUAAGAUUCGUCGCCAGCGGCGAAUGGCCGAUUUGAAGGAGCAACAAGCAAAGAUCCGACUAGGACUUGAGCCAGCUCCUCCCCCGAAAGUCAAAAAGUCGAACCUCAUGCGGGUGCUGGGUGAACAAGCCGUUAAGGACCCUACCGCUGUUGAAGCGCGCGUAACGCGAGAGAUCGCAGAGCGUCGUAAUAAGCAUGAGGAAGCCAAUGAAGAGCGUAAGCUGACAAAAGAAGAGCGGCGAGAGAAGCUGGCUAGGCAACAAGAGAAAGAUGCCGAAAAAGGAAUUCUCAUGUCAGUCUACCGCAUCGACAGUCUUGCGAACGGGCGGAAUCGCUUCAAAGUCAGCAAGAAUGCCGAACAGAAUGCUCUUACUGGGGUCGUUGUCAUGCACCCUAAAUUCAAUCUUGUGAUUGUUGAGGGUGGCUCCCACUCUAUCAACAACUACAGGAAGCUUAUGCUGAACCGGAUAGACUGGACAGAGAACGCAGGUCCAAAUGCUGUGCGGGAAGGCAACAGGGAGGCCCAGGUGGCAUGGCUUGCUGCUGAAGAUGAGCAAACGGGUGAUCUGAAAGAUCUUAGCUCUAACACAUGCAGCCUCUUGUGGGAAGGUCAAGUCAAGACUCGAGCUUUCCGCAAAUGGUUGGGGGCACGAGUGUGUGAAACAGAUUCUCAAGCGAAAGACGUCUUGGCUCGAGCAAAGCUGGAGAACUUCUGGGCUCUGGGGAAGAGCGCAAAGCAGAGCGAGUCAUGGUCAUGA